AUGAAGUUGACAACUGUAAGAUCUGCGGUACUUUCGUCACUUUUCGCAUUGCAGACGCUGGCCAAGAUAAUACCGGCAGCAAGCAAGCGCGACGACGACUCGAACUCCAAGUUCGUCAAGCUGCCCUUUCACAAGCUCUACGGGGACACGAGAGAUGAUGUUGGUACGGAUAAAAAACCAGAGGUGCGUCUUCUUAAAAGGGCAGACGGUUACGAGGAGAUCAUAAUCACCAACCAGCAAAGUUUUUAUUCGGUGGACUUGGAAGUAGGCACCCCCCCACAGAAUGUCACCGUGCUGGUGGACACGGGCUCGUCCGAUCUGUGGAUUAUGGGUUCCAACAAUCCAUACUGUUCCUCUGGCAGCAUGAGCAGCAGUCGCAGGCGUGUCAUUAACAAACGUGAUGAUUCGUCGAGCAGCGGAGCUUUGGUUAACGACAUAAAUCCAUUUGGCUGGCUGACAGGAACGGGUAGUGCCAUUGGCCCGACAGCCACGGGUUCAGGCGGAGGUUCAGGGACCGCAACCCAAUCCGUGCCUGCCUCGGAAGCUACCAUGAACUGUCAGGAAUUCGGGACUUUCACCACUUCAGACUCUUCGACUUUCAGAUCCAACAACACUUACUUCAGUAUCAGCUACGGUGACGGCACUUUCGCCUCUGGGACCUUUGGUACGGAUAUUUUGGAUUUGAGUGAUUUGAAUGUCACUGGGUUGUCGUUUGCCGUUGCGAACGAGACGAAUUCGACCAUGGGCGUGCUAGGCAUUGGUUUGCCUGAGUUGGAAGUCACUUAUUCCGGCUCCACUGCAUCUAGUAGCAGGAGACCUUAUACAUACGACAAUUUCCCCAUGGUAUUGAAAAAUUCAGGUGCUAUCAAGACCAACGCUUAUUCUUUGUACUUGAACGAUUCGGACGCUAAACAUGGCACCAUUCUGUUCGGUGCCGUGGAUCAUAGUAAAUAUGCCGGUACUUUGUACACUGUCCCCAUUGUAAACACUUUGAGUGCAAGUGGGUUCAGCUCCCCCAUUCAAUUUGAUGUUACCAUCAAUGGUAUCGGCAUCAGCUAUCCUGACAAUAGUCAGAAAACUUUGACUACAACCCAAAUACCAGCCUUAUUGGAUUCCGGUACUACUUUGACUUACUUACCUCAGGCUGUGGUAGCUAUGAUCGCUGAUGAGCUGGAUGCGCAAUACUCUUCCAGACUAGGGUAUUACGUACUGGAUUGCCCAUCCAACAGCAAUAGUACCCAAAUCGUAUUCGAUUUUGGUGGUUUUCACAUCAACGCAUCGCUCUCCAGUUUUAUUUUGAAUGCAGGAAACAUCUGUCUUCUAGGCAUCAUCGCAACAGAUGACACCACCAUCUUGGGUGAUUCGUUUUUGACCAACGCAUACGUCGUUUAUGAUUUAGACAAUUUGGAGAUCUCGAUGGCACAAGCUCAAUACAACAUCACUAAUGAAAACAUCGAGGUUAUUACGUCCUCUAUUCCAAGUGCCAUCAAAGCACCGGGUUAUACAAGCACUUGGUCCACAAGUGCAUCUAUUGUUACCGGUGGUAACAUAUUUACAGUGGAUAGUUCGCAAACCGCCUCAUUUAGCGGUAAUGUGACAUCGGCUACCGCGUCAGCCACUUCUACAACAAGCAAAAGUAGGAAUGUUGGUGAUCGUAUGGCGCCAUCUUUGCCAUUCACAUUAAUCACUCUUCUUUUUGCAUUCAUUUGA